UUUCUGUUAUCUCUGAAGGGACUGAGAAUGUUUGCCUUGCAAACACAAUUAUAGUCUGCCUAACAUUAAGUGGUGGUAUAAAGUCAAAGGACUACAUUGGCAUGCUGGAACAAAGCCUCCUCUGUGUCAUUGAUGCUACUAUCCAAGUGCUCUCUGAUAGGCCUGUUCUGAAGCAAAUCUCUGGUUAAUGCAAUCUGGGGUCCUUGGUACGUCCCUACCGUAACCAUAACUUAUACCUAACCUUAACCAUUUUAAAUGUCAACUUCAAUUUGGUAUGGAUGUCCCAAGGAUCCUGGAUAGCAAUGGACCAAAUGCUGUAGGCCUACCUGCCUGGGGGAAUCGUAUAGUUUGGUCUAUUAACGCGUGCAAUAGCUGACACGUCGCAAGGAAAUGAGGCAAAGGCACAAUGAGCAUGCGUGUCACUGCAGUUCAGAAAGUUAUUGUGAUGUGUGAUGCACGGCCCUGUUCUUUCUCCCUAUUGAGCCUGUCAUUAUCAUUCCCCUGAUUUGGCUCUUUUCUGUCUCUCCCUUUGCUUUCACUAACUGCCGGUCAUUAGCACCCCUUACAGUGUAUGUGUGGCAACAACAUGUCUCUGCCGCUGCUUGCCGAGGCUGUGACGGUGUCUGGGACAGAGAAGGAGACCGCUGCGGUGAUCUUCCUUCAUGGUUUGGGUGACUCAGGGCAUGGCUGGGCAGAUGCCAUGACGGCUAUCCGACUGCCACAUGUAAAGUAUAUCUGCCCCCACGCGCCCAGAAUCCCCGUCACUCUCAAUAUGAAGAUGACCAUGCCCUCAUGGUUUGACCUGAUGGGUCUCAGCCCAGAUUCUCCAGAGGACGAGGCUGGCAUCAAGAGGGCAGCGGAGAACAUCAAGGCCAUAAUCGACCAUGAGGCAAAGAAUGGGAUACCCGCCAAUCGUGUGCUGCUUGGAGGGUUCUCUCAGGGUGGGGCUCUGUCCUUGUAUACCGCUCUCACCUGUCAGCAGCAAUUGGCGGGCGUGGUCGCUCUCAGUUGCUGGUUACCGCUUCACAAGAGUUUCCCACAGGCGGCGAGCGCCAGUGGGAACAGAGACAUGCCCAUACUGCAGUGUCAUGGGGAGAUGGACCCCAUGAUCCCAGUGCAGUUUGGGGCCAUGACGGCCGAGAAGCUCAAGGUCAUCGUCAACCCUCAGAAAAUCACCUUCCGGACCUACCCGGGACUCAUGCACAGCUCCUGUCCUCAGGAGAUGGCAGCAGUGAAGGAAUUCAUUGAGAAGCAGUUGCCCCGAAUCUGACCUCACCUCAACCCCAUUGUGACCCUUAAACACUGACUUCUCACCUCUGACCUGCCAUUCUCCCACUGGAAACAGCCAUGAGCACUGCCCCCUCCCUCCCCAUACAUACACAGUAACACUUACUUUCACAUAUCAUCAUCAUAUACACACAAUACAUUCCAUAAAAAUCCAACCAACGCACAUUAUACUGGACACACCAUUUAUAAACGCACAUUUGUUAACACACUGAAGUGCACACACAAGUCUUACCUUUUUGAGCGAGAAUCACACACUCGCACAGUACAUUCCCCUAGGAUUCUUUUCUCUCUUAUCCAACCCGCCAUUGUCCCCUCUUUCUUUCUCUCAAUCUCUCUCCUCCUUUCACAACCUCCACUCCUGUUUCCCUCCUAUGCUGUGUGUGUCAGUGAAGCAGUUAGUGUGCAGGUGGCCCUGUUGCUAGAUGCCACCCGGUGUCAGAGAGCCUGGCUCAGGUUCAGCAGCCUGUGGUUCUGGUCCUCAGGCCCCGAGGCCUGGUGCCGUCUGGAGUGACUCUGGUGCCGUCUGGAGUGACUGGUGCCGUCUGGAGUGACUCUGGUGCCACGCUGCUCUGCAUGCUGUUCCCAACGGGUUCACGGCCACUGGUGGGGUUGUGGUCACACCCCAGCUACCCAUGGGAUGCCCCUGUUACUCCUGGGUGCCCCUACUUGUGCUGAUUCAAAUAUCUGACAUUAUUAUUAAAAUAAAUAAAUAAAGGAAACCUAUGGAUCAUUACUUUUGCCGCCAUCUUCUGUUCUUUACCGCAAUUUAGGGCUAUUGAUGAUGUGGAUAAAGUGUACAUUUUAUGAUUUAUUUUGUUUGACAUGAAUGGGAAUGAUAACAAAACUGAAGUGGCAGGAUUUCAUAAAAAUGUAUUGACUGACAAAUAUUAAAAUGUUGAAUUACAUGAACCUUAAAUGGCUUAGGGCUUUAAAAAAAUCCUAGAAAUGAAAGCUAAACCUAGAUUGGUCGUGUCUCACACCAGAUGGAACCAGACCAGGACAUAAAGUGUAGUAGACACAACUGGACUCAUUUGACUGCAGCUCUUCCUAGCUGUUCCCUCUCAGCAUCUAGCAUUUGACCAGUGAUUCAAGUUCCAUUCCAUCCAUGUGUCCAGCACAAAUCAGUCUCGGCUCUCACGCUGACAGGUCAUUUUUACAGUCGGAACAAAACCAUUUACUCAUUUGACAACUUACUGGCACCCACUAGUAAAGUGUGAAAAGGUCAGAGUUAACUCUGAAAAUGGUUAUACACUGGGAAGGCUUUGAUAGAAAGAAGCUGUUCCUUUUAAUUGAAGGGUGAUUUUUAAAAAGCAUUAAUCUUGAACAACUUGUGGCUCUUGGGUGUAUGACUUUUAACUGAGUUAGUGUGCUAAAAUAAGAUGUUCUGUCUUUUCCUUUUGUCAAUGUUUUCUCUCUUUAUGAUGACCUAUUCUGUGUUACUGAAACCUCAUUUAAAAGGGUAGACAUUGGAGAAUAAAAAAAUCUGUAUUGAUUGUUCCGCUAUUUAAUGAAUGUCUCUUACUCCUUAAUUUGUCUCCUAUGACAUCUUUCCCCAUGUCAUCUUCCUUGACCCAACACAUCUGUUGUGACUUUUCACUUGUACUAGUGGGCUACAUUUUGUAUUUUCUCUGUUCCUUUCUCUUUUCUUUGUCUUCCAUCCCUUUUUUGCCUUCUAGUCCCAUCCUAUCACCAUUCCAUGUGGGACAAGGUUGGAUAUGUUCUCCUGAGUUGUACUUUGUCUUUGUUAGAAUUUUUACAGUUGUGACUCAUUUUGAUCUGUCAUUUUGUCUCAAUGUGUUUGGUCACUUUGUCAUCUCAUCUUUGUGUCUGUUAAUUUGACUGGCUAAAACAUGUUGAGUGACUGCCUGUCCCUCAGGUUAUUUUAUUUUUCCAAGACACCUGUAUGUGUGGAAUAAAUGAUGCAAAUAACAACAGUG